AUGACAUUACCAUGCAUGGAAAAUGGAAAAUGUAAGAAAAAUUUCCCAAAGCCGCAUACGAAUGACACUAUCACGGAUAUUGACGGUUAUCCAAUGUAUCGACGCAGAAAUACUGAGAAUGGUGGCCACACAUUCACGAUGCGACUGCCGAAUUCUACAAAUCAAGUAGAAUUUGAUAAUCGGUGGGUGGUACCAUACUCACCAUUACUUUCAAAAACUUAUGAGGCUCAUAUCAAUGUCGAGCUUUGCAGUUCUGUAAAAUCAAUUAAGUACAUUUGUAAAUAUGUAAAUAAAGGCAGUGAUUUGGCCAUGUUUGGAGUACAAAAUGUAAAUGAAAAUGACGAAAUUACACGAUACCAAAUGGGUAGAUACAUCAGCAGCAACGAAGCUAUUUGGCAUAUUCUUAGCUUUUCCAUACACGAAAGAGACCCUGCUGUCCAGCAUCUAGCAAUACAUCUUGAAAACGGUCAACGUGUAUACUUCACUGAAGAAAAUGUUCUCCAAAGAGCGCUUGAGGCUCCAAAAACGACACUAACUGAGUUUUUUACAUUGUGUCAAAGAUCUGACAUUUUUGGCCAAUUCGCAAAGACAUUGAUAUAUACUGAUGUUCCACGUUAUUUCACAUGGAACAAAUCUGGUAAAAAAUGGGUGCCACGAAAACAAGGAAAACCACAUCCUUCCGUUACAGGCAUAUUCAAAGCUAAGACAUUGGGGCGACUUUACACGGUAAAUCCAAAGCAACGUGAGUGCUUCUAUUUACGUUUAUUAUUGGUGAAUGUUCCCGGACCAACGUCUUUUGAAUUUCUGCGAACAGUCAACGGCCAAGUAUUCAAUACAUACCAAGAUGCAUGUCGUGAACUGCAAUUGCUAGAAGACGAUAACCAUUGGGACUUAACGCUUGCUGAUGCUGCGUUGACAUCAACGCCCAAUAACAUUCGUCAGCUGUUUGCAAUUAUUUUGACGACAUGUUAUCCAUCACAAGCACACACUUUGUGGGAAAAAUAUAAAAAUUGUAUGACAGAAGACAUAUUGCACCGAAUUAGACAAACAGAUCAAUGCCAAAACAUAGAUUAUACGCCUGAGAUGUAUAAUGAAGCGUUAGUGUUGAUCGAGGAUUUAUGUGUUUUAAUUUCAAAUUUACCACUUAAUCAUUAUGGUAUGCCAUCACCUGCUCGCCCAGCCGCCGACUUAGUCAAUACCGAUUUACAACGAGAAAAACAAUAUGACCAUCGUAAUUUAGCAACAAUUAUCGUGAACAGUGAGCCAUUACUGACAGCAGAACAAAAAAUUAUUUAUGAUCGGAUUAUGCUGGGUGUUGCUGCUGAACAAGGCGGUUUUUUUUUCUUGGACGCACCAGGUGGAACCGGUAAGACAUUUUUAAUAUCGUUGAUUCUUGCCAAAAUACGGUCACAACAGAAAAUCGCAUUGGCAGUCGCAUCGUCUGGCAUUGCGGCUACUUUGCUAGAUGGUGGGCGAACGGCACAUUCAACAUUCAAGCUGCCAUUGGACAUUCAUAAUAAGCCAAACGCAUUAUGUAACAUAAAAAAGAAUAGUGGAAUAGCUGCAGUGUUGCGGAAGAGUUCACUCAUAAUUUGGGAUGAGUGCACAAUGGCACACAAAUAUUCACUCGAGGCAUUGCAUAGAACUAUGCAAGAUUUAAAAGGCAAUGAUAAACUUUUCGGUGGUGCUAUCUUACUAUUAUCUGGUGAUUUGCGACAGACCUUACCGGUUAUACCUCGCUCUACUUUCGCGGAUGAGAUUAAUGCAUGUUUAAAACAAUCAUUUUUAUGGCGAAGUGUUGAAACACUUCGAUUGACUAUAAAUAUGCGCAUACAAUUGCAAAAUGAUCCAUCAGCACAAAUAUUUUCCGAACAAUUACUAGAUAUUGGGAACGGUAAAAUAGAACUGCAACCAAAUACGCAAUGCAUUAAACUGCCAGACAAUUUCUGCACUGUUCUUCACGGAAAAAAUGAAUUGAUUCAGAGUAUUUUCCCGGAUAUACAGAGUAAUUACUUGAAUCAUAACUGGCUCAGUGAUCGGGCUAUUUUGGCAGCCAAAAAUGUUGAAGUUGACGAAAUUAACUUCCAGAUACAACAGUUGUUACCAGGCGAUCUGAUGUCUUUUAAAUCAAUCGAUACUGUUGUUGAUGAAAAUGAAAGUGUAAAUUUUCCAAUUGAAUUUUUGAAUUCACUGGAUAUACCUGGAAUGCCACCACAUAAUCUUCGAUUAAAGAUUGGUUCACCUAUCAUUCUUUUGCGUAAUUUGAAUCCACCUCGAUUAUGCAACGGUACGCGUUUGGUCAUCAAAAAAAUCACCGGAAAUAUUCUUGAAGCAACCAUUUUAACUGGAAAGUUUAAAGGAGAAGUGGUCCUGUUGCCACGUAUUCCAAUGAUACCGUCAGAUUCUACGAUACCCUUCAGAAGGCUACAGUUUCCAAUUCGUUUAGCUUUUGCCAUGUCCAUAAAUAAGUCUCAAGGUCAAACAAUGUCCAUUUGUGGUUUAGAUUUGGAAAAUCCAUGUUUUUCUCAUGGGCAACUAUAUGUUGCAUGUUCACGUGUAGGAAAACCGUCGAAUCUAUUUGUGUUAGCUAAAGACAGGUUAACCAAAAAUAUUGUGCACCGAUUAGUGCUAAAUUGA